CUACGACGAGGCCCUGCGGAGGGUUACAGACAUAGAACUGAAGAGGCUCAAAGAUGCUUUCAAGAGAACUUGUGGCCUCUCCUAUUAUAUGACCCAGCAGUGCUUCAUCAGGGAAGUUCUGGGUGAUGGGGUCCCUCCCAAAGUUGCAGAGGUUAUCUACUGUUCAUUUGGAGGAAUAUCCAAAGGGCUACACUUCAAUAACUUGAUAGUUGGAUUAGUUCUACUCACAAGAGGCAGAGAGGAGGAGAAAACAAAAUAUAUUUUCAGCCUCUUCUCUAAUGAAUCUGGGAGUUAUGUUGUCCGUGAAGAGAUGGAGAAGAUGCUGCAUGUGGUUGAUGGGAAAGUCCCAGAGUCUCUCAAGAAAUGCUUCUCUGAGGGUGAGAAGGUGAACUAUGAGAAGUUCAGGGUUUGGCUGCUGCACAACAAAGACGCUUUCACCUUCUCGCGGUGGCUGCUCUCAGGGGGGGUGUACGUGACCCUCACUGAUGACAGUGACACCCCAACCUUCUACCAGACCCUGGCUGGAGUCACACACUUGGAAGAAUCUGACAUCAUCGACCUGGAGAAGAGAUACUGGCUGCUAAAAGCUCAAUCGAGAACUGGACGCUUUGAUUUGGAAACUUUUGCCCCCUUAGUGUCCCCCCCAAUCCAUCAAUCUCUGAGUGAAGGUUUGUUUAAUGCUUUUGAUGAAAACAGAGACAAUCACAUAGAUUUUAAAGAAAUUUCCUGCGGGCUCUCAGCAUGUUGCAGAGGACCCUUGGCAGAGAGACAGAAGUUUUGCUUCAAGGUGUUUGACGUGGACCGGGAUGGGGUCUUGUCUCGCACCGAGCUCAAGGACAUGGUGGUGGCACUUUUAGAGGUCUGGAAAGACAACAGGACAGACAAAAUACCUGAGUUGGACAUGGGUUUGUCUGAAAUUGUGGAAGAUAUUUUACAUGUGCAUGAUAACACAAAGCUCGGCCACCUCACUCUGGAGGACUACCAGAUAUGGAGUGUGAAGAGUGCUCUUGCCAAUGAAUUUUUGAAUCUGCUUUUUCAGGUGUGUCACAUAGUUUUGGGACUGCGACCUGCCACCCCAGAGGAGGAGGGACAGAUUAUCAGAGGCUGGCUGGAAAGAGAGAGCAGGUAUGGCCUCCAGCCAGGGCACAACUGGUUUCUCAUUGCUAUGCCCUGGUGGCACCAGUGGAAAGAAUAUGUCAAAUAUGAUGCAAACCCAGUUGUGAUAGAGCCUUCAUCUGUCUUGAGUGGAGAUACUCUGUACCCUGGCACCCCAGGCUCUGAGGUGAGCUUUGCGAGGCAGCACAACACUUCAGACAAUAACAACCAGUGUUUCCUUGGAUCCAAUGGGAAUUCUCUGCUGCAGCUGAACCCCCAGAAACCAGGAGCUAUUGAUAACCAGCCCCUGGUGACCCAGGAGCCAGUGAAGGCUGCAUCAUUAACUAUGGAGGGUGGAAGGUUAAAGAGAUCUCCACAGCUGGUGGAAGGGAAGGACUAUGUCAUGGUGCCAGAACCAGUUUGGAGAGCACUUUACCACUGGUAUGGAGCAAACCUGUCCUUGCCCAGGCCGGUGAUCAAGAACAGCAAGACCAACGUGCCCGAGCUGGAGCUGUUCCCCCGGUACCUGCUGUUCCUGCGGCAGCAGCCGGCCACGCGCACCCAGCAGUCCAACGUCUGGGUCAAUAUGGGUAUGAUGAGCCUCAGAAUGUUCCCUCAGCAUUUGCCCAGAGGGAAUGUCCCUUCCCCAAAUGCUCCUUUGAAGAGGGUGUUGGCUUACACUGGCUGCUUCAGCAGGAUGCAAACCAUCAAAGAGAUCCACGAGUACCUGUCCCAGAGGCUGAGGAUAAAGGAGGAGGACAUGCGCCUCUGGCUCUACAACAGUGAGAACUAUCUCACUUUGCUGGACGAUGAAGAUCACAGACUGGAAUACCUUAAAAUCCAAGAUGAGCAGCAUUUAGUAAUAGAAGUUCGAAACAAAGACAUGAGCUGGCCAGAAGAGAUGUCUUUUAUAGCAAACAGCAGUAAAAUAGACAGACACAAAGUUCCCACUGAGAAGGGUGCUACAGGCCUGAGCAAUUUGGGGAACACGUGUUUCAUGAACUCCAGCAUCCAGUGUGUCAGCAACACUCAGCCCCUGACACGUUACUUCAUCUCAGGGAGGCACCUCUAUGAGCUCAACAGGACAAAUCCCAUAGGAAUGAAAGGACACAUGGCCAAGUGCUAUGGGGAUUUGGUCCAGGAGCUGUGGAGUGGCACCCAGAAGAACAUAGCCCCCUUAAAGCUGAGGUGGACAAUAGCAAAAUAUGCUCCAAGAUUUAAUGGCUUUCAACAGCAAGACUCACAGGAGCUUCUGGCUUUUCUUCUGGAUGGGCUCCAUGAGGAUUUGAACAGAGUUCAUGAUAAGCCAUAUGUGGAACUGAAGGACAGUGAUGGUCGGCCAGACUGGGAAGUAGCAGCAGAGGCCUGGGAAAACCAUCUGAGAAGAAACAGAUCCAUUGUUGUAGAUUUAUUUCAUGGGCAGCUGAAGUCACAAGUGAAAUGUAAAACUUGUGGGCAUAUAAGUGUUAGGUUUGACCCUUUUAAUUUUUUAUCCUUGCCUUUGCCAAUGGACAGCUACAUGCAUCUAGAAAUUACAGUAAUUAAAUUAGAUGGUACCACUCCUGUUCGAUAUGGGCUGAGAUUGAACAUGGAUGAGAAGUACACAGGCUUGAAAAAACAGCUCAGUGAACUCUGUGGCCUCAAACCAGAGCAGAUUCUGCUUGCAGAGGUGCACAGCUCCAAUAUAAAGAACUUCCCUCAGGACAACCAGAAGGUCCGGCUGUCCGUCAGCGGCUUCCUGUGCGCCUUUGAGAUCCCCAUCCCCGGCUCCCCCACGUCAGCCUCCAGCCCUGUGCAGACAGAGAUCUCCACUGGGCCAGCAGCCAAUGGAGCCCCCAGCAUCCUGAUGAACGGGGACGUGCCCAAGCCCAGCCUCAUUCCCAACGGGAUGCCCAACACGGUGGUGCCCAGCUGGAGCCUCAACGGGCACGUGGCCUCGCUGUGUGACAGCCCCUGCACGGGCUACAUCAUUGCAGUGCACAGGAAAAUGAUGAGGACAGAGCUGUACUUCCUCUCAUCUCAGAAGAACCGGCCCAGUCUCUUUGGGAUGCCCCUGAUUGUUCCCUGCACAGUUCACACACGGAAAAGGGACCUCUAUGAUGCUGUGUGGAUCCAGGUUUCCAGGCUGGCCAGCCCCCUCCCUCCUCAGGAAGCCAGUAACCAUGCCCAGGACUGUGAUGACAGCAUGGGGUAUCAGUACCCCUUCACCCUCAGGGUAGUUCAGAAGGAUGGAAAUUCUUGUGCUUGGUGUCCAUGGUACAGGUUCUGCCGUGGCUGUAAGAUUGAGUGCACAGAGGACAGGGCCUGUGUGGGCAAUGCCUACAUUGCUGUGGACUGGGACCCCACGGCGCUGCACCUGCGCUACCAGACCUCGCAGGAACGGAUUGUGGAAGAACAUGAAAGUGUUGAGCAAAGCCGCCGAGCCCAGGCAGAGCCCAUCAACCUGGACAGUUGUCUGAGAGCCUUCACCAGCGAGGAGGAGCUGGGGGAGGAUGAGAUGUACUACUGCUCCAAGUGCAAGACCCACUGCCUGGCCACCAAAAAGCUGGAUCUUUGGAGACUUCCCCCUAUUUUGAUCAUUCACCUGAAAAGAUUCCAGUUCGUUAACGGCCGCUGGAUAAAAUCCCAGAAAAUUGUUAAAUUUCCCAGAGAAAAUUUUGACCCAAGUGCCUUUUUGGUACAAAGGGAUCCAAGUCAUUUCCAAAGGAAGCAGCUCACCCUGCAGGUUGAGAACCUUCCUGAAGCACGUGCUGGCCAAGGAGACAGCAGGAAAACAGAUGUGCAGAUCACUGGCACAGCAGCAGAAGGGGAUACACUGAACAGGAGCCCAUCCUCCCUAAACACUACUGUCCUCAAUAAUGUCAAAGCAUCUCCAUCCUUGGGGAGGAAAAGUGGAACCAGCUGCCCUUCAAGUAAGAACAGCAGCCCCAACAGCAGCCCAAGGACUUUGGGGAGAGGCAAAGGGCGCCUGCGGCUGCCCCAGCUGGGGAAAAACAAACUGUCCAGCAGCAAGGAGAACCUGGCUGCAAACAGGGAGAACGGUGCUGAGCACGAGCAGGGGGAUGCUCUGACUAAAGGACAGGCUUUGGGGGGCAGCCAGGGCGAGCUGGAGCCCGGGCAGGACAGCGAGGGGGCUCUGGCCAACGGGUUCCUGUGGGAGCAGAGCUCGCUCAGCAACGGGCAGGGCACCGAGACCCACAGCGAGGACGACACCGCCGACGACCAAAGAGACGACGCCUGGGUCAACCCCAUCUACAACCUAUAUGCAAUCUCGUGCCAUUCAGGAAUUAUGGGAGGGGGUCAUUACGUCACUUAUGCCAAAAACCCGAACAACAAGUGGUACUGCUACAAUGACAGCAGCUGCAAGGAGUUGCACCCGGACGAGAUCGACACGGACUCUGCCUACAUUCUCUUCUACGAGCAGCAGGGGGUGGACUAUGCCCAGUUCCUGCCCAAGAUCGACGGCAAGAAGAUGGCAGACACGAGCAGCAUGGACGAGGACUUCGAGUCCGACUACAAGAAGUACUGUGUGCUGCAGUGAGCCCGGGCUACCACAGGCAGGGAGAGCCCAGGGAUGUGCCCCUGGGGAAGGCUGGCUGAGACACAGAACAGCUUGUGGUUGUCAUUGUCCCCUGUGAGCUGAAAGCACAAAAAGAGCCCCCUGGUGAAGCAGUUAAUAUCCUGUAGUAUCGUUUUGUUCUGUUUUCUCACUACAUGCUCAAAAACGUUUCUGAUGUUGGACAUCUGAGACUGCCACUGGCCUUUAAAUUCAAUGGUUUGAGAAAAGCCAACUAGGACCAAAUAAGAGCUAAAUUCAACAUCCAAAUAAGAGCUAAACAGAGUAGUGUAGAGUUUACCAACUGUUCUAACAUCCCCCCAAGGCUCUUGUUAGGUUUAAGGUAACGGGGAAAAAAAAUUUGUAGUGUUGUCUUUGGACAACAUGAUAUUGCUACCUCCUUUUUCCUGCAGUUUUAUUGCAUUUUAUUGGCAAAACAGGGAAGGCAAGAGAAGGAAAAGUGCACAAAUGGAAACAGAUUAUUGUCAUGGGGAAGAGAAGUUUCCAGUUUUGCCACCACUAAUGUGUGUCAGUUGCUUUCUUUCUGUGUGUUGGGAGCACAACCAAAUCAUCAUUUGAGAAGAGAUUAAUUUCUACACUUGAAUGGUUUAUUAUACUUGUAUUUUCUCCACGUGUUGGCUGUGCAGAUCAACAUGUUUCAGGAAUGGCUUUUCUGCCUGAAGAGUGCUGGCUCAAACUUUUUUGAGCUGCCUCAAGAAGAAACUUCAGGUUGGAGAGAGUAGUUGUGAUUACACUCACGGUGUCUUAAAACGUGCACAUUGCACAAAACGUUCCCAGCUUUUGGAAGGAGAGAUGCUUGAGCUUAUGUUUCAUGACUGGUGUUGCUUUUGAAAUUUGCACUUUUGAAAAUGCAUCUGAUUCAAUUGAAACCCACAGUUUGUUUGGUUUUGUUGUUGUUGUUGUAAGGGCUCUGGAGUGAAUGGCUGUGAAUAUCCACUGUGUAUUUCAAAGGAAGAAGCUGUGGCUGUCAGGUAGCUCUGUAGCAUUCAUGGAUGGAGGUUUUUUUAUUGGUUUCCUAGCUCCAUUUCUUGUUUUCCAAAUUUGGUUGCCU